CGCGGCGCUGUUCACCGUCACCCCCACCAUCGCGACGGGGAACGGGAUGGAUGCUGGCACACCCCUCAUCGCGGGUGGAGGAGCUCGCUCUCUCAUAGCCAAGCUCCAGCUGAACAGUCCCAGUAGAUAGGGUAGGGUAGGCGGUCGACAGUGAAGGGGGACAGACUGGAGAAAGAAACGAGAGAGACAAGUGACCAACAGACCUGGAAGACACCGACGGAGUCUACCUAGGGCAGAGAAGAGCGAAGUUCAGGAGGAGGAAUGGCGUCUCAACGAAACCAAGGAAGUCAGCAUAGACACCGACCACCGGGACCACCUGACCCGAGGAGUGAGGAUGACAGGGUGCGUGACUCAGUAGGGCGCUGCUACGAUGAGGGCAUCUGCCCGGAGGACCUUGAUAUUGGUGAAGUGGUCGAAGACGAGAACGACAGAAGAUUUGUAGUCAACAGCGCAGUGGGUGAGAUAAAGAAGCAGUGGUUAAAAGAGCGUACGGUAAUCCUGAUCUUUCAAGAGGAGGCAAAGAAACUAUCUAGAUCAGUGAAAGAGGACCUAGUGAGGGCCUAUGAAGAUGGAUGGUUAGCGGAGGAACGGUUUCAUCCAGACGUUCGAAAAGGAAGAGUAAGUUUUGAAGGUGCCAACGUUGUCUCAUACGUGGCGAAUGCCAAAGAAGUGGCACAGUGGUUGAUAAGGCAGGGCGAAAUAAAGCUCAGAUUGGCGGACGAAGAAUACACAACGGUAUGUAAACCGUGGAUGACCCGGAAUGAACUUAAAGAAAUUCGCCUGCAAGAGGCGGCAACAAAUUUCUGGAUUAUUGCACUACGCGUCCCGCUAGAGGCCUACUAUUACCUUUGGAGUGCAGUCAGCAACCUGUUUGGUGAGGUGAGGAAUAUGCAUCCGCCAGAGUUCGAUCGCUCUCGACCGAAAUUGAUGAAUGUUAAGCUCGAUAUGGACCCGGAGUCGCGCUACGAUAUAGAAGAUGAAUUGGUAAUUCAAGGCCCAGCGGGGGAAAGGGGGAAGGUGGAAAUUGCAACACCGUAUACAGACUGGUGUCGGCGUUGCCGUUGGUAUUUUCAUACAGAAGAGAAUUGCCCGCGGAGUCGCCAGGACGACGGCCGAAGGAGGGAGGGCCCUUCAAGACCAGGUGGGCACAGAGAGCGGUUUAUGCAAUUCAUAAUCAAUCAGCCAAGGAGGGCCGAAGCAGAGGCAGGAGGAGGAAGGGGGGAACGGCAGGAGGAACCUCAAAGGACGCAGCCAGAGUUCAACACUGUGGAACAGCAGGGGCGGGAGAGAUGGGCACCAGGUCUGGAGGCAAAUGGCGAGAGAAAAGUUGAUCUCAGGGGAAUGGGCGAAGUGCCCCCCUGGAGGAGCAGUAGAGCAGAAGCUGGGUUCAGGGAUAUGCGAGGAGAUUCAAUGGAUCAAAGGACAAGGACGGAGUGGGAUGGCAGGCCAGGCGGAUGGCAGCUGCCAGAAGGAGGAGGUGCUGGCUUGAACCCGGAAGGAGUGUUUAGAGAAGUCUGGCAAAAUAUGCAGCGUACCCAAGAUCUGCAUUUCCACGGAAUGGAACACCCAACGGACCAUACGGGCUUUCAAUACCCCCCCAGGGGCGGAACUCACGUGCAAGGGAUCGUGCACCCAGCAUACCCCCAAGCACAUUACCCAGACAGGAUACUAGAAUGGCGGAGCUCGAUCCCUCAAGGCCCAGAGAGAAGGCCGGAAGCGCAAGCGCUUUUUUUUGGUGGGUGUACUAACGAAAGGCAAGGAGCAAAUGAGAUGGGAAUGAGGCGCAGAGGAGGGGCCUGGAGGACAUGGAGGGAGGAGGAGCCGAGAGACAUGGGUGAGGCAACUUGGAGAGAGAGAUCGGCGAUUGCCGGGGAUCAUGUGGAGAGCGGAGAUCGCCGCCAACGGUCGGAGCAGACACGAGGACUCCGUGGGGAAGCCUCGCACAGGGAAGGAAGACAAGGCUCAAGGAGGCCAGAAGGCAUACCUGAGGAGGAACCGGGACCAAACCUGUCCAGGACACCGGCCUCCUCUCACUCCAGAGUGAGGAUGGGUAGCGAAUGGUUGGGUCCGGAGGGGACAGGAGAGGAAAGGAGAGACUCAAGAUCAGUGGCUGACAUGGAGCGCUCCUCCUGUGAGAGCUCUGCACAAUCCAAGAAGCAAGGCCCAACAGGAGACGAGGGCAGUGGCAGACGGACAACGGUCAGAGACCGAAGGGAGAUGACAACGCAAAAGGAUCAAGUGGAAGUGGCAAAACGGCGGCUGGUACCCCUACUAUGCACCAUGGCAAACAAUGGUAUUUAUUUAUUGGCAGUGGCAGACAAUGAUGGCCAGCCAUUGAUACCCUCAGUCGAAAUUGACAAGUCACCAACAGUCGCCAUGAUUAUGGAGAUGACAAGGGUCCUAUACGGCAACCAUGUACCGACACGAAUCAUUCCGAAGUCCUCGAUGGUCAGCAUCUUUUGUGACACUCCAGAAGGCUACUUCAAAGUUUACUUUCCGUUGUUGGACGCCCGAAUCCCUCCCGAAACAGCGGAGCUUCUGACGCAGUCGGGAAUAAGGUGGUAUCGAAUGGAUGUCAUCCGAGAGAGGAACCUGCAAACACUGGAAGGAAUCAGAAUUGCUCCGGGGAUUAAUGGCGAUAUCCUCCUAAAAGUGAGUGAAAAGUUGGAGGAAGAUGAGGGUCUACAAUCGGCAUUUAUGACAGGACGUGAGGGCUCUGUUGGAAGUCACGGAGGAACUCUCAAUUGUGGACCCAUUCAGAAUCCUGAGACCAGAGGACUCAGGAUACACUUGGACGUCACACAUCCACAGGAACAGACAGGUCGUGACUCGAAGAAGACUGGACUACUUGUAAGCGAAGGAGUGAUGGAGGGAGUAACGUCGGUGUACCAAGUGGGCAACCCCAUGUCGGACCACAAACCGGUAGUGGCCAACAUCAAACUGCGUACCGGUUUGGAACGAGGGAGCGGUUUCUUCAGACUGAACUCACGCAAUCUGAAAGAACCUGGCCUGAUAGAGUGGGUUCAGCGACAUAUGACAGCCUGCGAAACAGCCAGGGAGCACUUUGGCUCCACUGCAGAAUGGGUAGACAGUGGAAUAGGCAUUAUCUCCAAGGUUAUGGAUGUGAGUUCAAGAAUUCUGGCCAGAUCAAGGAACAAGAAGGAAGCAGAAUGCAGGAGAAGAGUGGAAGAGGCGGAGGAAAAGAUGGAGGGACAUCCUAUCACAGUAUUAGCCUGGGCAGCAGAGAGGGAAAAGAGGAUGGCAGAGUGGGAAAAGCUACAAGUUGAGAAAGAGAAGUGGCGGAAGGAGGUACUGGAGGAAAAGGGAAUUGUGACGCAUGACAAAAUGACAAGAGAGACUUUCCAAAAGUUGCAGCCCAGGAGGACCCACCUGCAGAUGGUAGAGCUAAGACACCCGGCGGAUGCUAUGGCUCCGAGAGCGACCACAGCAUCAGGAAUGUUGGAGUAUGCGAAAAUAUUCUAUGAGGAUAUCCUGACCACAAGAAGGCCUCAAGAUGACACCAACACGGACCUCACUCUAGUAUCUGAUAUGUGGAACGACACAGGAGUCAGACUUUCAACCCAGGCAAGGCUGGACUUGGACAGACCGGUAACAGUGGAAGAAACGAAACAGACACUGCGCAACAUGGCCAGGGGGAAGUCUCCAGGAGCUGACGGUUUGACAGUAGAGUUCUACACCAAGAGCUGGUCCUGGGUGGGCCCGAUCCUAGUGGCACUGUUCAACGAGGUCCUGGACGGUGGGAAGCUUGGCUCUCACAUGACCUUUGGCAUCAUCACUCUACUGUUCAAAAAGGGAGACAAGGCGGAGGUCAAAAACUGGAGACCUAUCUCCCUGUUGAACGUGUCUUACAAAAUCCUGGCGAAAACUCUCGCAAGGAGACUAGCCAGGUACUUACCGGAUCUGGUGGGAGAGGACCAAGGCGCGUUUGUCCAAGGACGUUCAAUCUUCAACAACAUUGUCACGGCGAUCGAAGUUCUAGAGAUAGUACAAUCGGAGAAUCUGGAUAUGGCGGUACUCCUUCUCGAUCUGGAGAAGGCCUACGAUAAAGUAGGCUGGACCUUCGUCCUAACGACGUUAAGACAUAUGGGCUUUGGUCGUGGGUUUUGCAGCUGGGUCACCGCAAUGUACACGUUCUCUACCUCUUCGGUCGUGGUCAACGGUCACAUAUCAGCUCCAUUCAGACUAACAAGGUCAUUAAGGCAAGGAUGUCCGCUGGCACCGCUUCUCUUCGUCCUACAGAUGGAAGUGCUGCUGAAUCGGAUCAGAAGACAUCCCGACAUCAGAGGGCUGCAGCUCCACAAUCGCAAGGAUUGCACUGUCAAGGCACUUGCGGAUGACUUACUCGCAGUCUGUGAAAACACAGUGGAAACACUGGUGGCUCUCAAAGACACAAUAAGGGAGUAUUCGGAACUGUCGGAAGCAUCGGUAAAUUGGGGCAAGUCAACCUUUUUACUGCCAAAAAGUUACGCACUGAAGGUGGAAUGGGGAAUGAGAAGGGUGGAAGAGGGAGAGGAGGAAAGGUUCCUCGGGGUUUUGAUCAGUCUGCACAUACAGGAAUCAACCCAGGGGUUGCUGCUUCAGCAGAGAAUCGCUGCUAGACUGAACCUGUGGGGCAGAACCUGGCAUUUGUCCAUUGUGGGCAGAGCCUUGGUGGCUAACGCAGCGCUGCUCACAAUUCUGUGGUUCGUAAGCCAGAACGGAACCCCCUUUGUGGCGGACGGCUCGGCAGCAACCUUUGGGUUAGCAUGGGUGCGGAAGGGAGUCUCAAGAAUACGGGACCUUUGGUCACAACUACUAGGCAGUUGGGAGCCACUGGCAAAGAUCAAAAGGAAACUGAGUGGCCUACACAAGGUGGAAGAGAACUGGAUUGCGUUGAUUCGGGCCAUACCACAGGAAUGGGUGCAGCUAUUAGGACCUGAAGGGAUUGAUCCCCCAGGCACUUGGUACAUAGCGGCGCAGGAAGAAGAGCCAGGAGUGGUGUGGAAGGUGGAGGAGGUCGAACCGAGCGGGUUCAGAAGGGUGGAGAAGUGGAAGGCAGCAGAGCACACGAAUACCUUGGAAAGAAUUGGAGAAGGAAGAAUCAUGGGGUGGGCCAACCCUCCCCAGAUUCGUGUGGUUUCUUCAGAAGGGACGGACCGGAGAACCAGAAUCCUGACAUGGAUAGGCAGAACACCACUAAGGGAGCUGAACAUCGAUCCGGUGGCAUGGUUCAACAGAUUGUGGGAGACGUUGAAGUCUUUGCCAAACGGCAAGCAAGUCAGUAUACUGUGGCUGUUAUCGUUACUAGUUGCCCCUUCUGCAGUUUGGUUGGUGAGCAGGGGUAUGGAGGUUGAUCUUCGAUGCAGACGCUGCAACUGGCCGUUUGAAUCCACCAGGCACCUGUGGUGGGAAUGCCCGGCGUCAAAACGGAUUUGGAAGUGGUGGGAGUACCACUGGAGGACAAUUGGAGGACAAGGGGUUGUCUGGGAUGAAAGGUGGGUUCUGCUGGGUUUUCUAAAGGAGGAAGUCAGCACAAAGAGCGGCUGGGGGUACAUUGCUCAUGUGAUCAGAGGAAUCCUCUGUGAAGUAAUUUGGUCAAACCGCAACAGGGCAAGAUUUGAGGGCAGACCAUUGUCUGACGUGGAACUGAAAGCGAGAAUUAAGCAUGGGGUGAAACAGGCAAUCUCCGUGGACUGGCGAAGGACUGUGCGCCAGGGAAGAAGUGGUCGAAGACAGAAGAACUGGUUUCUGAACACAUGGGCUAGAGGGAACAAACUAGCUGCGGUUCAUGCUACCAAGGGGUUGGUCAUUUCGCAGUGGAUCCAAGAGAAGCAACUCAACAACGACCUGAGAAGGCGGACAGGUGUAGAUAGUUACGAAAAUUAGCAGGGACCAGGGCACUCGGUCCCGGGUAAGACCACUGUGGGCUGUUAGGAGAGCGCCGCUCGUAGUUGGACGCAGUCCUCUGGGCCGCGGUAGUCCCAGAAGUAGGCCAAGGUCAGAACGCAGUUGAAAAGGGCAGUCUUUGUAAGACGGACUUUGAACGACAGUGCAGAAGACAGUGGAAGGAUUUUACAUGGGCUGUGUACUCAAACAGGUACUAAUCCGGAGAGUUCUAAAUAACAGCAGGUCAACCUCGGGUUGAGUAGAGGAGGGACCUUCAGGCUAAGCCUGCAAGCUAAGCUGACUGAUGCUGUCAGAUACCAUCCGGGUUGAAUUGUGAGGUCCCCGGCCUCAAGAGUUGCUUUUUGGUAAUGAAAGAAUGAUUUGUUU